AUGAAGUGGCUAGCAUCUCUGGCCGCGCUUGUAACUGAGCGAUUCGAUCCGCUCGUUACUCCAGGUCAAGUGUCGCCCCACGUUCACCAAAUCGUCGGCGGAAAUGCGUUCAACUUGACGAUGGACCCAUCGCUCGAUCUACCAAACCUCGCCACCUGCACCACGUGUAAAUUCAAAGAAGACAAAUCGAAUUACUGGACUGCAGUUUUGUACUUCAAGCACCCGAAUGGUAGUUUCAUCAGAGUGCCUCAAAUUCCAAACCAUGUUACAGGAAGUCCGGAUGGCGGUAUGACAGUGUACUACAUCCAACCGCCCGACCUGCGUCCCACCGUCGCUUUCAGACCUGGCUUCAGGAUGAUUACCGGCAAUCCCAUGCUCCGUAAAUCCGAAAUCGGUCCCAAGAUUGAUCCUGAAAGUCCUCAAGCCUGGUCCUCCUCGUUCAGAUGCUGGGAUACCCCCGGUUUCUUUGACCUUUCGAACUCGUGGGCACCUGGUGCAGGUCCAUACGAUACAGUCGAACUGCCGAACAAACCCUGCCCCUAUGGCAUCCGCGCCAACAUCUUCUUCCCGAGCUGUUGGGAUGGAGUUAAUUUGGAUUCACCUGACCACAAGAGUCAUGUAGCGUGGAUGGACGGAAAAGUCAAUCCCGAUCGAGGGAUUUUCUUGCAUCGAGGAGAGUGUCCGCCUUCUCACCCCGUCCGGAUUCCCAUGCUCUUCUACGAGACUGUGUGGGAUACGGCACAGUUCACCCAUCUCUGGCCUGAAGACGGAAGCCAGCCAUUCGUGCUGAGCAUGGGCGACCCCACGGGCUACGGACACCACGGCGACUACGUUUUCGGAUGGGAAGGCGACUCCCUCCAACGCGCCAUGGACAAAUGCGGGGCUUCUAUCCUCGGACUCCCAGAUUCCUGCCCUGAGCUAGUCCAGAUCUCUGACGAGGAGAUGAACAGCUGCAAGGUGCCCGUGAUGGUUGAUGAAGUUACCGAAGGCGAAUAUUUGGAGAAGUUACCUGGGUGCAACCCGGUCCAGCACGGACCUGACCCUGCGACGAUGGUUCCCCAUUGUGAUGCGGUUUCGACUACAAGCCGUCCUGGUGCCACGGCCGUUCCUAAGCAGGGGUGA